CCCGCGGCGCAGGCGCAUUGUGGGCUCGGAGCGGGGACGCCGGCGGGAGCGGGGCCGGGGCCAUGAGUCGGCGGGGCUCGGUGCAGCGGAAGGUGCCGUGUCUGUUCGUGACCGAGGUGAAGGAGGAGCCGUCGGCCAAGCGGGAGCGGCAGCCCUUUAAAGUUUUGGCAACUGAAACUAUAACUGCAAAGGCGAUAGAGGCAGAUAUAUACAGUGCAGUUCCUACUGAAAAGGUGGAUGGAACCUGCUGUUAUGUAACUACUUACAAAGGGCAACCCUAUCUAUGGGCUAGGCUGGAUCGUAAACCUAACAAACAAGCUGAGAAAAAGUUUAAACGAUUCUUGUAUUCAUUGGAAGAUUGCAAAGAAUUCGUUUGGAACAUUGAAGAGGAUUUCAAGCCUGUUCCAGAUACCUGGAUUCCAGCAAAGGACAUAGAGUUCUCUAAUGGCAGUCCCUUGCCUGAUGAAAACGGCCAUAUGCCAGGUUGGGUGCCUGUGGAGAAAAAUAGUAAGCAGUAUUGCUGGCACUCAUCUGUUGUAAAUUAUGAGGCUGAAGUAGCGCUGGUAUUGAAACACCAUGCUGACCCAGGGCUUCUGGAAAUCAGCCCCGUGCCAUUAUCAGAAAUUUUAGAACAAACAUUGGAGCUUAUUGGGACUAAUAUUAAUGCAAAUCCAUAUGGAUUAGGAAGCAAGAAGCAGCCUCUACAUCUUCUGGUGCCACAUGGAGCAUUUGAAAUAAAGAAUCCGCCUCCUUUGAAACAAAAUGACAUACUGUCUUGGUUUGAAGGCUGCAGUGAGGGUAAAGUGGAAGGAAUUGUGUGGCACUGCAAUGAUGGGUGUUUAAUCAAGCUCCACCGCCAUCAUCUUGGCUUAUGCUGGCCACUUGCAGAGACAUACCUGAAUUCUCAGCCUGUUGUAAUUUCUUUUAAUAGAGCUAAAUAUGACUGUGACUUUGAACCAAAGAGUUUGUUUCACCAUUUUUCAAACUUGGAUGGUCAAAGAUUUGACAGACUCAAGGAUAUCAAGUUUGAUGCUUGAAAUGAUUUUUACGAGUUAAUUGUAUGCGCUGCAUUCCUUUUACUUGUGUCUACCACAGAACUCUUUACAAAUAAUCUCCUAUCUCAGGCAACAGCCUAGGUACUGUACAAUAUUAAGUUUUUCCUAAAUGACUGAUUUUAUGUAACGAGAGAUCCAACAUCCAGAGCAGAGAUCUAGCUUUUAGCAUGUUCAUUUUCAGUUUGGAAAAAUCCUUAACUUUUGAAUCCGUUUCUGGAAACUGUUAUAAUUAAGUGCAAGCAGCAUGCUGUCUAACACUGGCUGGUCCUAAUAACUUCGCUAAUGAGUGCAAUCAAUUGUAAAAGUUCCCUAGGUUGCACUUCUAUAAAUAUUAUGAUGACACUGUUGUAUGUAGGAUCUUGUUGUUUCUUAACAGUAAAGGAUGUAUUUCAGGUGAGACCAUAAAAUUGCCUUUUUUUGUUUUUUUCUAAGUUGUAACAAUUUCUUUUGGGGGAAAACUUUUCACUGGUAUUAUUUAACUGGUAAGCUGCAGCAUUAUACUGUUACUCAAAAACCUCCUUAAGCUAUAUGCUACAGGUACUUCCACUAUUUUGAGACAAAAAGAGUAAAAGUAAGUAUACUAGUUCUAUUUUGGAGAUCCUUAGUAAUUUGAGAUAUGACUUGGCUUAACAAUACCUAUUUUCAGCCUGCAUCUCAAUUAGGAAACUUCAUCAAGGGCAUAUUAAGUAAGAGGGCAUAUAAGUAAUAAAGUGUGAGACUCCAUGAUCGUUUUGAGUUGGCUUUAUUUUAUCUAUGCUAUAAAAGUAUACAUCCAGCUAUAUAAAAUAUACAAAAUGAAAAAUUAUUUAAAUACCAAAACACCAUUAGAUUGGUUGAAAUACUACUGUAACUUUAUUUUCAAUUCUUUGUUCUUGGAUUUUCUAAAAUUGAGGUAAAAAUAAUCAGGGAUGUAAGAACAGACAUCCAGCACACUGACCUUGAGUCCACAGUUAAGAAGUAUGAUAGCACGAGAGAGCAGGAAUGAAUUACAUGUUUUUAUUUAUCUGGAACUUGGCAUACUUAGCACAUUUUAAGAGUUUCUUGACUUAUAGGAUAAGUCCAAGGUUUCAACUUCACCUGACCACCUGUGUAUUACCCCAGUUACUGUUCUGAAUUAACAUCUAGUACUGCAAAGGGGUUGGGAGAGGUAAAACUCAUUUUUGACUGGUGUAUAUAAAUACUGACCAUAAUCUGUUGACUAAUCCAAUUCUGUGCUCUUUGGUACAUGCCAAACUAUUGUAACUUUAAUAGACUUGUAUUAUUCCAAGAUAAAAACCAGACAAAAUAAAUCAGUAUUAUGUAACUAA